CACUGCCGUCACCCUCGCACCACCCAGCUCUCUCGAUCGAGCCGAUCUCGGUUAGGGGCCAAUCCGGGUCCGAGCGAGAGAGCGCGUCCGUUCGGCUGCGUUUCGAGCCUAGUAUGCGAAGAUAGCGGCCGAAAUGGACGACGAGAAGAAGAAACGGAGGCUUCUCAAGUGGCACGACAUGCCCAGGUACCUGCAGUUCAACCCCUACAUCCUCACCGGCUACCGGCCCGUGCAAAGCGUGUGGGGCUGCGUGCAUUCCCUCUUCUACUUCCACAACGAGACCAUCAAUAUUCUCACCCACGGAGUGCCGAUUGUGUAUAUCCUAGUGACGGUGCCCGGUCUGCUGCCCUGGAAAAACCACCCUGAGUACAGCCUGAUCGGCCACGUGCUGCCCUGGUGUCAUCUGGUGGGCAGCGUGGCGCCCUGGGUCGGCUCCUUCUUCUACCACCUCUUCAUGAACUGCGAGCGCGGCGGCGAACGCCUCUACCACCGCCUUCUGCAGAUGGACAUGCUCGGCAUUUGGAUGAGCCAAAGCAUAGGUGCAAUGCCAAUGGUGAUCGCGACUGUUCAUUGCAUGCCGUUACUGCUCAAGUGCCCGCUCUUUGCCUUUUACGUGGUGCUAUCAAUCUGGGGCCUCUACAAGGCACUCACCGCCUGGUCGCCCUGGGAAAGACGGCUCUGCUUCGCUCUGCCCUUCCUCAUGAGGAUCUUCUUCUGUGGCCUCCGCUCGCUGGGUCUCGCCGGUGGUAGUCCUGACGCACUCCUGCACGUCAUUCUGCAGGACGCGGUGUCUGCUGUGGGCGGCGCGAUUGGCGCGAUGCACGUGCCGGAAAAGUGGUUCCCGGGGCGGUUGGACGCGAUUUUCAACUCGCACAACAUCAUGCACGUGCUGGUGGUGACGGCAGUGUACUCGAUGCACCAGGCCACGGUCAAAGACCUGCAGUGGAUGGCCGAGGACGCCGUCUGCACGGCCCGGGCGCUGGCCGAGCCGCAGAACCUCUGAGGGGCGUCGGCAGUGGCGCUGCUCCUCGACCAAAACUUGUUGCGAUUUUCAGCAAACUAGAAAAAUCGACUGAAGAAGAAAAAAAGUGGAUUUUGGGAUGGUUUAUUAUCUCAUGUGAUUUGGACUUUUGCAAAAGAAAAAAAAACGAACGCGAAGACCGAAUUUGACACGCAGUGCGCUGUUGGUUUUUUAGAACUGUUGCCGGAGUUCGGACAGACUCUAUUGAUAUAUUUAAAAAACAACAACAACAAAAAGUCAAAUUAUAAUUAAUUACCGACGAGAGAAAGAAAGAAAUCAUUCCACGGUUAGACGAAGCGUCAUUGAUUCCGCGCGUUUAGAUGUCAGUCUGGGGUGGUUCCCUCCCAUUCCACGUACUCUCUUUUACGUAGCCUUGUAGACUUUUUGGGGUGAUAUUUAAAUAUGAUUUUACACGCUAUAUACUCACGAGUUUAAAUAUUCCAAAGCUUUUGAAAGAAGUCGAUUGUUUAGGACCAAAAAGUGAUCUUUAGCGCCCUCAAGAAGUAAUUAAGUUGUGUAAAAAUUUUAUGAUUUUAGCAAAUUUAAAAAAAAAGAAUUAAUUAAAAAUAAUAUUUCUAUUUCUAGUCACUUUCGAUCAGACGCCUGAUUGAUUUCCGCACCUUUUCUCAGGGUUUGUGCGUAUAAUGUUGUUGGAUGAAUUCGCGAGGCGUCUCUUGAAAAGAUGUUAUUCUCUCUCGAAACGACCACCCUGGACUUUUGUGUUGUUUUCUGUUGACGAUUUGCUUGUUAGUCUCCCUCACAAUUCCCCUUCUGGAAUAACAAACAGUCAAAUAUUAUAACACAUACACACGCAACACACAAUAAGCAAGAAUAGUCAAAACGUCCUGCCAAAAUGUUUUUCUAUACACACAAAAAGAAGCAUACGUUUUUUGAGACAAAAAAAAACUCGCAAUAUAUACAACAAAAAUACAAAAAAGAAGUAGACUAUACUUUACACUUCUUAUACAGAUAGAAAAAAAAUUACACACACUCUUACACAGACAGGGCAUAGUAUAGGGAGAUCACCUUUCGAGUUGUUGGUUUCCUCGAUAUAUAGUGAUACAAAUAAUUAUCAAAAAUUUAGAGUGUAUAUAAAAAUAAUUAAAUUAAAUUAAGGUGGAAUUAGUGUGGUUCUAAUUAUUGAUCGACGUGACAUUUUUCCAUCAAAAGUUGACCCUCAAAUAAUUUUUGCCUAACUUUACCCAUUUCCUAUUGAUUGGGUUUUUAGUUUCUACAUCCUGAUUAAAACAAUUUUCCAUUUUUUCACAGUAUACACCUUAAAAAAUACUAAGGAAUCCUUACUUUUUAAAACCAUCAAAUCUUUUGAAUCGAAUUGUGUCUGGAAAAGUUAAAAAAGACUUAGAAAAAAAUUCUUUCAGUUUUGUAUUUUACGCUCGAACCAAAAGUCAGUAAAAAAUUAUGAGCGAAGAGGUGGAAAUAAAUAAUUUUCACGUUCAGGACUUCAAACUAGGUCCACCUCACUGAUUCCGCCUUAAAUUCUUGGAUCAUUUAUGUAAAUAAAUAUAGCUGAAGAAAAAGCUCUUCUCCGAAGCUGUAAAUUUUUAGAAUCGCUGAUUUUUGCUAGUCGACUCACUUGUACAACACAUAUGUCUCCAUUUGUGAUAUGUGCGUCUUUUGCUGGUUGAAACGCGCACAUAGUUGCUAGAGAUGAAUGGCCCGUUGCUUCCAUUGUGUUCGCUGGCGCACCCAAUUAAUUAAAAAACUUGUUCCCAAGGAAAAACUUUUGAAAAAUUAAAAGCUCGGGAAAUUCAUUCACGUGUCGCGCUCGCGUCACGCACGAGAGAUUUCAUUAUUAUUAUGGUACUCGUGCGUUAUUGCAUUCUGCAAUAAAUUGACCUUCCUUCAAUCGAAGUUAAUUAGGGUGUAUUCAGAGCUUUGAGUUUCUGUGAAAUUUACGAGGCGAGAAUAAUGUGAAAAAAUUACGGAUAGUCUCUUUUCUUAUAGCAAUAACUCUUCGAACUCUUAGAUUGUAGAAACGGUUGAUGAAAAAUUAAUACACACACGCGUAAAUUGAUAAGUACUCGUUGCUCUCAAAGUCAUGUAGAUAAAUUUCGUCAGCAUAAAAGCAGGCAAUUUCACAGGGACACUAUAAUACAUAUACCACUUGUUUAAGGUAUAUGGAAUUCACACUUUUGCUGAGAGGAAGCACUACAACUACUAUUUGAAUGUUUUUGUAAAAAGGAGCCAACUCGACGACACACCAACCAGAGAAUUUCAUUUGUAAGUGCACGGGCACGGAGGCGGGCAACUUACUUCAAUUAAAUUAAUAACACUUACGCAGAUGAAAUAUAUCAGAUAUAUUCACCACAUUGUUGCCACAUAAUUGAUUAAAUAAUUAAUUAUAGGCGCACGAGACGUAUAAUAAUUAAGCACACUUGGAUUUCAAGUGACGUUUCUUGAUUAGUCAAAAUUUUAAAGCAAUUCAAUAAAUAAUCAAAUUUUAAUGAUAAGAACCGUCAUUUGAAAAGUAAAAAUGCGAAAAACCAGGAGAUCAUUCAUUGACAUACUCAUUCUCAGAUAAAAAAAGUGUAAUCAUAAGAGUUGUUAUCACAUUAAUAAUGAUAGACUGAAUAUAAAACAGUUUUUGAAUUAUUCAAUAAUGGAUUGUUUGUCUGGUUGGAAAAUCAGUCUAUUGUUAAUUUGAAAUGAUUCAGCCUUUGAUAAGAUAGUGAUACAUGAAAUUUUCUUGUUGCUUAUUACUUUUAAAUGGAACGUUACGUUAAUUACUCGGUUGCAUGAGACUAGGCGUAGUGUUGGUUGCCAAAAAUUAAUAUAAACAUUUGCAAGGCUUUGGCGGAUUCCACGCGAUUUUCUUCUUAUGUGACACGUUCCUCUCGAGAAAUUCGUAGAAAAUUCUAGUUGAUUCAAACCUCUCGCCUUUUCCCGUCAAAAAACAAAAUGCGUCAUGUUUAUAUGGAAAUAAUAUAUACAAAUAAUAAUGAAUUUUACGCUAAACAGCUCUAAAUUAUUUUAUCUAAAUACAAUUACAAGUGAAUACAAACCUCUGCAAAAAAAGUACCCUCACUUUAAAAUUAAAAAAAAAACUUUUAACAACGCCAAGCUAAAAUUUCCCAAUUUUAACUUGGAUCGAUGCAUUUAUCUGAGUGAGCGUUUAAAAAAAUGAAUUACAAUCUGUGAUUUCACACCUGAAAUGCUCUUUAAAGAUUCAGCAAUUUGAGUAUAAAAAAAAUUUAUUUCAACUUAUUUAGAGAUGCUCAAGCUUGUAGCAAUUGAAUAAAAUUGGGCUAAUGUAAAUCUAAAAGGUGAUAAAUUCGAAGAAAAACUAACACUUUUUAGCGGCUAAGUUGACCUUUUUAAUUGUUUCCCUUAAACAAUUAGGAUUAAAAUAUGUAAAUCGGAAUGAGCCCUAAUCAAUCUUUCCAACUUUUAAACUCGAUUCAAUCUUGUUCAAAAUACGUAUAUAAUUUCUGGAGAGACCUGUACAAAAAGAAAGAUUUCCUAUAAAUACGUUAACGUAACAUUUAUUAUUUAUUGUAAUCAAAAAACGCAAUUGGUAAUUACGUACAAGGGCUGAGAUGUUCGCGUGUACUAAUUACGAAAAUAAAUAAAUUGGUUCCAUUUCCUAAAACUACAAUUGUUUUAAUAUC